AAACCGGAAGUAUUUCAAUUUCCGGUUCAGAAGGCGCCAAAAAUAAACCUACUUUGAGGCUGAAACUGUUCAACUGACGGGACCUAAUAACUGGAAUAUCGACAUAAACACAUGACAGUGUGGACAACUGUACCUUUGAAUUAUUACCAGUGGAUGAAAGGAAGACUGAAGCUCCACGUUCCCUUCUGCUGAAGGUUCCUUGAGCAAGUCACAGAGUGCGGGUGCAAUAAAGCGUCAGACGCUGGUGAUCGACGACCAGCAGUUCAAGAUGACGACGUGGGGAGAUCGGCUGAAGAAGGUCGAGCAGCUUGCUCAGUCGUUCCAGCAGAAGCCUCUGGCCACACACUACAAGCCUCGCCUGUGGCCGUGCCAGCCUUCCUCCGUGUGGAAGCUCUUUCCUCGUCAGUGUUUGGCCAUCAGCUUCGCUCAGAGCUGCAAAGAGGCUGUACAUGUUUUUGCACUUGAAAAAGAAAACGCAUCUCUGGGUCAGAGGAUCUUCCUGGUGACCAGCUACAGUGAGCUCUGGCAUUACUACAGGACUUACACACAGUCGUUGAUGCACUGCUACGAGGUGAUACCAGAUGGCGCUGUUUGUAAACUUUACUUUGACUUGGAGUUCUGUAAGCCCUCAAACAAAGGAGCAGAUGGUAAAACUAUGGUUUCUUCACUCAUCCAGUAUGUUUGUGACGAGCUAAUGGGGGUCUACGGGCUCGAGUGCUCUGCAGAAAAUGUCCUCAACCUCGACUCGAGCACGGAAGAGAAGUUCAGCAGACAUCUCAUCUUCAAUCUCCAAAAUGCGGCUUUCAAAGACAACAUACAUAUGGGCAGGUUUGUCCAUGCAAUCCUCCAACCGGUCCGGAGUGCACCCAAAAGUUGCCCCGAUGUUGGGAUGAGAUCGGAGGCUGAAAACAGUGAAACACGAACCGUCUCCGAAGGGACGCCAGCAGAGGCGGGUGAGAUGGAGGAAAGUCCACAGGCCAAGAGGCGCAGGCAGGAAGAGACCGACCUCGACUUCCUCCGGGUGAAAACCAAGGAUGGCCGAGACUCGCUUUUUGUUGAUCUUGGUGUUUACACCAAGAACAGAAAUUUCCGCCUCUACAAGUCAUCAAAGGUGGGAAAGAACGCCGCAUUCAAGCUGGCAGACGACAACAAGUUUACUAACAAACUUGAGAAAGGAGUUUCUGAGGAGGAAAGUGUGUUCUUGGCUUCCCUAGUCUGUAACGUGAGUUUCACAAGUCAAAGAAUUCUCACCUCAGAUGUCCCAGAAACAAAGAGUUCCAAAAGCUCGGGGCCUCAAUGCCAGCAGGCAUCAGCCACUUAUCCAGGUUCACUGUGUGGCUCUCUGUCCUCCCCUCAUCCCGAAGUGGACAACUUUGUACUGACUGUGGUUAAAAAGGAUGCCAUCCAUGGGAGCAUCAGACGAUGGAACUACUUUGCUGUUGAACAACUGCUGGUUUACGACAUCGCAAAAUACCGCUGGUGUGAAAACGUGGAAAAGUUUCACAAAAGCAACAAUAUCAUGAUUGUUGUGGACCUCAAAGAGGAAGCGUGGUACCAGAAGUGUCACGACCCUGAUUGUAAGAACUUCAGGUCCUCAAGUCGUCCGCUGCCACAGGAGAUCUGCGUCAGCUAUUUCAUGAAACUGGAUGAAGAAGACCAGGCUUACUUAAUGGAUGAUGCGGGCAACAUUGAACCCAGCCAGGCCCCAAAGCAGACCCCCGACAGCACCGUGUGUCCAGAGGAGGCGGACGUGUGGGGGGACGUACAGGAUGACCAGGACUACCUGGAGAGCCUGGACGACUAUGAGAAAAACAACGGGGACAUCCCCGAUCACCUGCUGCUCAAAUGUAUGGCAGACUUUGACUCCCAGUGAAAGGUGAGUCUCGCCGUACACAAGUGGAACAGUAAAAAACACAUUUUUACAGAAAAGGGAGUCAGAGGAAACAGUGCUGCUUUGGCGGCAGUUAACUCUGAUCAUCAAAUCCAGAUGUGCACGUGACAUUUUAUAACCGGUCUAUAACGCAGUGUUGAGAGGCAGAGCUGUCUGCUGACUGAAAGGAUGCUGUCGAACAAAAUGUCCCAACUGGUCACUACGGGACCAUGUUAGGAUUUCUAAAGACGUGCUGCUCUGACAUGCUUUUGAGAUCUGAUGAUCUUCAAUUAUUACAUGCAGGAUGUAAAUGCUAUUAAACCCGCUGCUAUAAAUCUGAAAUAAAGACAAUUUAAAACCAAACCUCCAAUGCCUGACUUGUAGUUAACCAUAUCGUAAUAAAACGUGAUAGCAUGCGGUCAGUAGUGUUAUUAAAAUAGCAUCCUGGGUAAAAUGGUUGAUUGUUAAUAAUAGUAGUUAUGGACGGUUCAUAAAGUUAUAUUAUAUCAUUAGUACAAAACUUCCCAUACAAAGUGUUAUCAAAUAGCAAUUUUAUGGUAAGUCA